AUGGGUGCAGAGAGCCCCACAAGGGAGUGCGGCGAUGCUGCUGUCGCGGGCGAUCCCACGGCCUUCACAAGCGACAUGCAGGUGACGGAAUCCCCGCCCCCGCUUCCCGCACCGGCGUCAUCUCCCGCCACCUCUUCACGGCCAGCGCGUGCCGAUGUGGAGGAUGCCUCGCCGUGGGAUGACGCGGCAAUUGAGGAGAGCCGUAUGCGGAGUUCCGCGGCAGUGUCCAUGUUUCACUGCGGUGCCGGCAGCGUCUCCACCUGCCUUGAGGGCAGCAUGCUGGGAGAGACGGUUCUGCUGAGCCAAAGCACCCAGCGGCGACUUCACACCAUGUCGUCAUCUGUCGUUGCCCCCUGCGCUGCGCCCCCCGCACCCCUAGACACGAUCAACAAGAGUAACAGCGGCAGCAGCACCCAGAAGAACCAAGACUGCACGGACGUCCCGAGCAUCACGGUUUCACUGGCAAAUUCCAUUAACGACGGCCCCAGUCCGUGGAGGCGGGUGCAGCUUGUGCAGCUGCCUGCCUCCAACGUGGCGGGUGGGAGCCCGAUGCCGAUGAUUACUUCAGGAGCGGCGUCGGACACGGCGACGCCAGCCGACCAGCAUGCCGACCAACUCAAGCAGUACCCUGUGCAAACCGAUUCGGGGGCGCCACCUGAGGCGUCCAACUCGGAGCGCAACGUGGCGGCUUCCGUCAGUGACGGCGACAGGACGCCCCAGCGUGAGGCGAGUCCCUCGCGGCCCCAAUCUUCAGUCUGUUCGACGGGGGACGCGCCGCGUCAGAUGAAUUUAUCUGGGAUGUCUAACAGCAUGUCGUUUCGCCCACCGGUUACAUGUCGGAUCCCUUCGGAUCUCCCAAAGGGGUCUCCGUUGGUGUUUGACGGCUCCCUGAAAUCCACAACACCGACGCGUGCGACACCGGUUGUCACUUCAGCGCUGCAUCAGCCGAAGCCACACCGAACCAACCGAGGCACCCCCAUGUCUGGUUCACAGUUUGUCUCCGCCUUCUGUAAAAGACGGUCAUCCUUCGCCCCUGGAAGCGGCCUGCCAUUCUCGCGUGGUGUGAUGGGAGGCAGUGGUGGGAACGCACUGCGUACCUCCGUGAUAGGCCACGCUUAUGCGGACCCACUCGACAUGGCAUCCAUGGCAAAAUGUCAGAUGCCACCCGUGGCAUCAGUGCCUGACACCGGUGUAUUUGAGCCGUGGCUGCCGCUUGGCCAUGAACCCGAUGUGCCAGCGGCUGAGGCGUCAGGGUGGGUGCCUUUAGGCCUGGGUCUGCAACCACUUGAACAGAGCAGCAAUGACCUUGCCUCUGCUCCUGCCAGCAUCGUUGUAGGUGAUAAGGACGGUGACGCUGAGUGUAAUGGUGCUGAGAAGAAGAGUCUGUCCCCUUCCCGCUGCGAUGUCAGAGGGCUUGGCUUCAGUGUCGGCGAGGAGGGCGGCAUCUCCUGCGGCUCUCAUUCGAUGACGAUGAUGGAGGGGACAGUGCUCGAGAUGAAUCUGGGGUGGGGGUCUAUUUCGGCGUCGGUUCUGUCUCCUGCCAACAGCCAGGUGACAGGCGCGGCAGAUGCGAAAGAGGAGGAAGAUCCUGCUGUGUUGACGCCGGCGACCUGCAAAGAUGUAGCUGAUCAGGCACCACUGGAAAGGUGUCCGCCCUCCCUGCGGAGCCGCUUAUUGUCGCAGGUGAAUGUGGAGCCGCGCGAUGUGGGGAAGCAGGAUGCGGCGGCCGCGGUGAGUCUUGCCACGGCGCAACCAACAGAGGUGCCCGUGCCGACUUGGCAGGAGUGA